UGCAUCACGUUUGACCGUUACACUGGGCAUGUUUUAAUGCUGACUUGCUACAAACCACGACAGCGUAAUAUUUAAUGUGUACCUCCGUUCAUGGAAAUCAAAUGGGCUUCCACGUUAUCUAUAGUGCCUGGCUUGGUGCGGUCGCACCUAUCAACUGGAAAAACCGACUGCGACCAAUAUUGCUGAAGUGGGGCUUUCUGUACCUUCACACAACUCUUGAAUGUGCGCCUCCCACAGGCCCUCUGCACCCCCCGGCGUCUGCGACAACGCCGGCGCCGAGUAGCAGUGAAAGACCACAACAGACACUUUAUCUCCGGUCGACGUCAACACGAGACAACGCUUCUUCCUCUGUGCGAGUUUUGGCCAACAUUCUCCCCGGAAUUUCCCUUUUUGCUGCGAUGUCCUCCAACUCCCGGUAGCUCGAAUGUUGAGAUAGCACAGAACCGAAAGAUACUAGGAACCAGGAGGUUGCUUUAGUCCUGGGGAAUACAAGUUCGAACCAUCAAUAUAUUGAUUGGUGCACAGAAGUAACCAUGCCCUGCGUACGAAGGCAGUACGAAGUACACAAAGGUCAUAGUUGGGACACGUACUGUAAUUACCGCGUUUUUAGUGGACGCCUCUAUGCGAGAACCAACGGUCGACAGCUUCAUUGGAACAAACGACCGAGACACGAUUUCUCUAACAGAAAAUUGCGAACUGUCAGCAAACGCAAAGGGUACACAACCCAAUCUCAGGUUCAGCACCGUGGCUGCUCUAAUGCGUUCGCCAGUUGACAGAAAAGCAUCGACUUCUGGCCGUCAGCGGUUAGUGUCCAAUAGGAAGGUCAUUAAAAGAUCUGAAAAAGCCAACCCGCAGAGAACUCCGAGAAAGGGUGUCUGUAUCAAGUACGGAAUCAUUCUUGUUCUGCCGACACUCCUGGCGCCCCGACGGCUACUUUCUUGACACUUGCGGCCAUUCCCACGGCGUAUCACGGGCAACACGACAACUUUCGCAAGCGGUUCACCCGAUUCCAUUCAAUGAUAGCAUCUUCCGAGCCUUUUUCAUCGUUUAAGCUCCAACAAAGUUCGCCCACACACGCUUACUCCAUAGCCGAAUCCUUGCCACCCCCCUCCUCCUCCCCCCUUUGAAACUUGUGCCUGGUAUGAAGGGUCUCUCUGUCGCCUGUUGUCUUCGAGUUCUUUAUUUCGUUUCCAUUCAGUAUCUACCUGCCGCCUGCUUGUCUCGGCACCGCCUCUUUUUGUCUACUGACUGAACUGUUCACUGUCGCGCACGCGUGUGACUCUGGACAAAAUCCAAAGCUGGUUAAUUCUGGGGUUGCGCGUUUUGAGGAGCAAGUCUCAAAGCACAAACCUAGACACGGCAGUGUGCCCGUUUCGCUGUCUCCGUCUUCGAUUCUGCGUUUCCCCCGAAUACUCCCGAAGGAAAUCGGUUCGUUUCGCCCACUUCCUCUUCCGCCGACGGCCAGUGUUCCGCGUCCCGGUCUUCUGCAGCGCUAUCCCCGGCUUCCGGAAUCCUCAACUCGUGCUCUACUCUCCGGCUUCUCCCUCCCUCGCUCGAAGCGCCGGGCACACCCGGUCAGCGUCGCGUCGGCCCCGAUGGACGGGCGCGUGGUAGGUGAGAACCUGCCCCGAGGGGAAGAAGCUUUCGGACGGCGAUGUGCGUGGGAAUGCGCAAGGAGGGGAAGAAAGCGUUUUCUUGUGGGUUCUGUGCCGGGACUGCUCCCAGACGAGACGGAGACGAACCGUCCUCGAUGCUCGGACUGGAUCGCGAGGCGUCUGCUUUUCUCCCUCCCGCAUAGUCCUCGAGGUUUCUCGCGAUUUCCAGUUUCAUUUCUCCGGCUGCUUUCUUGACUUUCUCGACUCGCAAACCCCCGACAACCGUUUGCGCCUUCCCAGAACGAACGAGAAAAAGAAAGUCGAAGAGCCGGCGGGCCUCCCGUGGACGAAGAGUGAAGGUUCGAGAGGCGACCGGGGGCAGCAGGGACGGCCGUGCGAAGGCAGGUCGCGACGUUUGUGGGUACGGGCCCUUAGCCAGGGAGAAGCUGAGCUUCUCUAGUCAAUUUUUUUGAGUGCUUUGCGGUUUCACAGCGAUGCUUCGCUUCCCGGAGAACGCGCGAUAAUUUGGAAGCCCAAAGCGGGCUGUACAGAAAAAAAAUCCCUCUGUGUCCUUCCCAUACUCGCGUGCCGUGAGGUGUGUCGCGGGGGGCUUGGCUCUGGUCUACAAGUGAGACAAGAGUUCCUUCGAGAGGUUGACGCGAAUUUGAGAGCGGACGCACCGCGCAGAGAACUGGAUUUCUUCCUCCGAGAGCGCCGCUGCGAUCGGCGCCUCUAAGGGAGUAGAUCCAGAGUGAAACUCGAGAAGCCAGCCCAUCGGUGGACUCGGCAGAAGUGUGCACUCGGAGUGGAGCUGCGUUCGAGUUGAGAGGAAAGGCAGCUGUGCUCUCGAUAAACCGUCAAGCGGGCGACAGCGAGCGCCUCUCGACGCGGCGGAGAUUUCUUUCGGAAUCUGUGCGUUAUUGCAGACUUCACUUCCGACACUCAUCUGUAACAAGACACGUUUCUUGUCGGACCGUCAAAUUUUUUCCUUCAAGCGACCGGCGCUUCGCCACACCCGCGCUUGCUUCGCCGGUAUACGGAACGCAUCGCCGCAACAGCCCUAAGACGGCUGGUUCGCGUCAAACAGCGGCAAAGAUCCUUUGGUUUUCCGAGUUUCCUAGAACUCCCAGUGUGCCGAGCCUUUCCGGAAGCGUCGGACCGCGUAUCCCGAUCCUUGAUUUGUCUGCUGCGGCCUCCGGCCCCGCCCACGUGAGAACUCUUGUAUAGGCGAGUCUCACUCUCUUCACUGGUGGACGCCGGUUGAGAUCAGGGAUCCUCCUUCUCCGAAGAAUCGCGUCUUGUGUCCAAUGGCGUUUCCUCCAUGCCUCGCGUACGUUUUUCGUCGCCGCCGCUUGCUGUCGCGGGAGCUUUUUUUCAUCUCAACACGAGGCUGCUUUUGAGGUCGUCGCGACCCCUCAAGGUCUAGAGACAAGCGCACACUCCAGAUAGUGUGCGUGUGCCUUUCGUCCAACAUUCUGGUAGAAUCUGGGUUUGCCAUGAAUGUGAUCUUUCGGGACUCAGACAAGACGCUCACGCUCUUGAGCUUUCCGCAAAGGCACGCAUCAUGCAAGGCGUGGCUUUCCGCCGACUGACCAAGCCACUUUUUUGAGAGCGUUCGUCGAAACGCGUUUGCAAACGAGCGAAACUGUGGACGUACUGUCUUGUCGUUGAGUCUCUUCCGGCUUCGUCAAAGCGGGGCAAAACUCAUUUUUUCCGUCAACUGUCGCUGGAUUUCCGUGCGACCUCAAAAGGAGAUCAAGCGUAUGUGUGGCCACACAUACACACGUACGAUGCACCGUGUUUUUCAACAGAUGUUUGUUUCUCUUGGCUUUUCGCCGUCAUGCUUGCCAGAAAUGUCUCGCGCACUUUGGAGACGCGAAAGGCGUGAUGACUAGAGACUUAGAGUUCCUCUCUCCGUCGUUUUUUACCGUUUUGUGUAUAGAGAGCGCGCGUUAUCCGCGCUGCUGGUCUGACCUUGUCGCUGUCUCGCCUCGUCGAAGUGAAUGUCCGACGAAGACCUCGGUACCUACAGCUUGUUUUCCGGAAGCCUGUCUGCGUUGCAGACGUUUUUCUUCCCGUCUUGCAGAGCGGCACCUGUGCAAUCCAGUUCUCAGGGCCGUCGUGUUUUGCGAGUUCUUUGAAACGCCGCUCUCCCGGCCAUCGUUUGUCCACUCGCGUUCCUGUGUGCAGCUUCCAACCUGCACGAUCCUUUCCUCGCCGACGCAUCUGCGAAGAAGAGCGACAAAGGGAGCGUUUCGAGUAAGCUAAAGACUGCGUGUACUGACGCAUGACUGAGAGACGGGGUUCCCAGUUCCUUCCCCCGCUUUUCGCCCUGUUACUCCGUUUCGCGCGGACCUUUCAAGCGACCCACAUUCUCGUUUUACGCCGGGUUCUGUGCCAUGACAGUGACUGGCGGUGAUCUCGGCGGCUGUGCGCCGCCGUCGUCUGAGGCAAGGCCCACGAGCGGGAAGGGGAUCCCAGGUGAAAACUUUUCUUUCGCCUCAGGUGCACAUUUGUCGAACGCAGCCGCGUCCGACAGACGCGAAGAAAAAGGGGCGUUCUCGCUCGCCGCGAGCCCUGCGACUCUGCAGCACGCCUCCCCCGUUCUCCCCCUUUUGAAAGCAGAUCCCACCCAAGCGUUGUCUUCUCUCGCGCUCUGGAAAAGGCGCUUGCCCUCAGAACUCGUUGAGGAGCUGAAGCCCUUCCCGCCGACGCCACGAACCCCAACUGUGCUUGGCGCUCUUGGCGACAACGAACCGAGUUCUGCGAGUCCCGGAAACGAGCGCUUCUCCGUCGACUCGGCGGCGACGCCCUCAGAACGCGCCACGUGUGCCGACCCGAGCAAACGUCAGGACGCAACUCACAACCUGUGUGGAGACGCGGAGAACUCCGCGGACGACGAGCCAGGCCUGAAGCAAGCGUUGCCUCGCGCAAACAUCUGCAGGGCCGAGGCCGGAACGGCGGAGGACGCGAGACGUGAUGCCCCUGGUGGGUCUCACACAGCGACACAAAAGUGCAUCAGGGGCGCAUCCGAAGAAGGCGAAAGAUCCAGUUCCAACGUUCCCGGGGAGCGCGGGUGUGAAGUUUCCGAGUGUCGGAAAAAGGCCCACGCGAGUGCCACCAGCGACGCCGGGGCGGUGACCUUCGCAGUGGAGGCGACGCCUGCAGACAGUCGGCGAUCUGGAAGCCAGAGAGGCACUCCGGAGCUGCGGGCGCAAACCGACGGGGGUCUGAGGCAGCCUGAAUGCGGCAAAGUGGGGACGCCGGGGCGCGGCUGCGGGGUUCCUGGGACCUCAAGGCCCGCCGACGGCGACGCGAGCGGUGCAGCGCUGCGAAUGGCGAUAUUGAAUAUCAAGGACGCUCAAGAAGAUGAGCCCGCUGGUGAGGAAGUCUGGGCCUCCAUCGGGAAACCCAUUUCUGCGGCGCUCUCCUGUUCCCUUUCGUCUGCGAUUCUCAAGUCGAAAAAGCGUCGGACGGCGCCGCGCCUCCCGCCAAUCGUCCGCGGCUUCAUCACCCACGUGUUCGCUGCCCAAGUCGCUCAAGAAAGGCGACUUCUUCUCGGCGUUUUCCUCGACGCCCUCCCCCGACUCAAGGCGGAGACCCACCAUCAGGCCCAUGCACCGAAGCGCAGCUCCGACAUGGACUUCCGGGACGCUUCCGGGGACAGCUGGCGCAGCGAGGCCCGCACGCCCGACGAGGCUCUUGCAGGACAGAAGGCCCUUGAGGGCGAGGAGAGCCUCGAGGGCGAAGAGACAAUUGAAGGCGAAGAAUGUGGGGAGACGGGUGCAUCGAGCGCGGAUGGGAAGGACACAAUACUUUCCUCACGAUUAGGACAAGAGCGCGGGAAGGCUGGACAUCUCGCCCUCCAGUUGCAGCAGUACCUUCUCUCCCUUGUCUCGUACCUUCAGCAGCGUACGGAAGGGGGCACUCUGUCUGUCAGUUCGACGUCGCCCAACACGCCCAUCGCCAGAGACAGUGCAGACCCCUUGGGGAGGCUCGGGUCACCCGCACUCUUUGAGUUUCACAAGAAGCAGCUGUACGAGGCAAACAUUGCGCUUCUGCCUCGAGAGAUGUGUGGCCUUGAAGAUCCGCAGCAGGCGGCGAAAGGCGGGCUCCUCAGCACCGCUGAGCAGAGUCCACCACCUUCUCUGGUGAAGUCGCAGUCGCGUCCGGAGCCCGAACGAGACGAGGCCGCGGCUGCGGACACGGGAGAAAAAACUGCAUAUGAAGAACAAAUCCCUGAGGCUCGAGAAGAGGGUCAGACUGUGGAGGAAGCACAGGACAAGAAGAGAGAUAAGGAUGGCGAGGAGAUUUCGACUUCUGGAUCUGCUUUCCGCGCCGACCUUCAGACGCUCAGAGCGGAAGACGAGGUCCUUCGGGGUUUGCCUGCAGGCAUGGUGAACUACCUGCUAAUCUUCAUGGACUUGCUCGUUCUCUUGUGCGUCGAUCCUCGAUCUUUGGCCAGCGCGGCCGCCGUGCAGCUGAGGAAGAUCGGAAAGAACGGCGCAGAGGAGGAAACGAGCAAGAGAGACGAGGGGCUCCAUGCGUCUAGCGCGCCGACGCUGGCGACCAGUGAGGCCAGAGAGGGCAAAGAGGUCGAGAUGGAGGGUGUGGACGACGAGUCUGCAUUUGGGGACAAAGAGCAUGUUGAAGGCGCCGCGUCACUCACAAAGACGUCGAGAGCCACCCAGGAAACGCCCGGGUCCGUGUCGUCAAAUCCGAGCUCAGAUUUGGAAGGCAAGGACACGCUGGUCCGCGCCGCCCAAGUCGUCUUGUCGGUGGCGGUGGAAAUGGCGACGCGAGGUGCCGUUCGCAGUUUGGAGGAACUUCGGUCUGUGUAUUUCGAAAGAACUCUCCCGAAAGACGACAGCUUGUUGCUGCUGGAGCACCUCCACAGAGACUUACCGGGCCGGCAGUUCGGCGAAGAGAGCAGAAAGGAGGCGGAGAGCCCGUCGACGAGUACGCGGACACGAACCCCCCGCCAUCGAGAUGCCUCUACGUGCGCCGCCUCGUCCUUCUCCUCCUCCUCGUCGGUCGGCUCCUGGGGUCCAGACGCGUCGCCGAGAGCGGCCGUGGGCACUGACGACCACGCGUUAGCUCGCGGUGAACACCCGGCGCUGUCGGAGGAGACUGGAGGGCCUCACCCUGCGUUCGAUGGUGACAGUUCGCGGCGGGAGAAGGGGGUGCAGGGUCAAGGUUCGCGUCCCGAGUCUCCGUCUCGAGGGAGGACAGGAGACACGCAACUCAAAGAGGCCAUGGAUCCCGACGCGCUCUUGUUUUUCGCGCCCCUGUACUCCAGCAUUCCGCCCUCGUGGCAGAGUGACGAAAAUAUCUCUAAAAACGAGGGAACGAAGGCGAGGUCGCCGACGCGCCGCUUCACAGAUUGCGUGGGCCGACGGGGGUCUUGCCCCGACGACGACCAGCUUUCUUGGCAGGAUGGCGCCGCUAUGCGCCUAAGCAAGCAGGGGAGUCUGGACAGACGCCUAGGACUUUGGGGCGACGUCCAGACUUUGCCUGGGUCUGAAAAGUCCGCCUGGCAGACGAGUUUCCUCGAAGACGCUUCGCCGUCGUACUCGUUCCCCGCGAGGAAGGACACACUCCGGGAGUCGGGGCAAGUCGGUGGCGACGGUGCCUUUGCUCAGGACGGAAAACUCCUGAGGAGCCGCAUUGGGGACUUCUCAACGCGUCCCCUCCACGCCGACGACGAUGCGGCCCUGCUCUUUGGCUCGGUCCCAGUUCGAAGGAGAACAAGAGUCGACCCUCUGGAUGAGGAACUGAGGGAUCCGAAUGGCCCGCGGUGCGCCGACGACCCAAUGGCGAAAGGCCGAGAAGACCCUAGAGAGAACAGAUGCAACAUCACCGUGAGUCCGGGGGAAACUCGCCGCAGGCGGCCCCCCCUUCCCGAUGAAGGCGCCUUCACCGCCGCGGGUUCGGAGUGGCCUGGAGCGAACAACUGGAGUCAGAGAGACCCUCUGGAAAUUGCAGGAGGUCGCCGCCUCUGCUCCCCACCCUGCGCGUCUUCCUGCGAAGGCUUUGAAGCGUGCAGUGGCUAUGAAGACUCUGCCGAAGGCCUCGAAACGCGCCUUGGCACGGAUGCCCGCAAGGACCGGCUGGGGUACCCAGGCGCUGGCAUGAAUCUCUCGAGCGCCAGAACAGGUCGAUUCGACGACUGCAAAGACGAGGUGUCGCUGAGUCCAGCUUUAGCAGAACACCGGCUAGCCAAUGGUCGUCCAGGAAGUUUGUCACCCUCGAGCACGACGACUGCCUUCCCUGGGCCCUCAGGGCUGCGCCGCACUACGGGGCAUGUCUCUGCGCGCCGCGGCAUGGGCAUGUCUCUGUCGGAAGAGUUGAUGCAGGAGGCGGCCGGCCUGAAGCCGGCGCUCGCUGGUGCAGGGGCACUCCGCUUGGGCUCCAAUGGGGACCACACAACCCCGCCAGGGGCAGGCGCCCCUGGAGCCUCGCGGAAGGCUUCGCUCACGCCGGGGAGCCGCCGGGGACACGGCGGCGGUGCGCAGGCUCUCGGCGGAGACGGCGCGGCGCCGCGCGGGCUCGCGAAGGCUGCCGCUGAGGGCGCCGUGGAGGCGGAGGAAAUGGAAAGUGGCCAUGACACGCGGCGGCCGAUGCGCGGCGUCUAUUUCGACAAGACGCAGCGGUCGUGGAUCGGCUCGUUCUACGAGGAUCGGCGCCAAAUCAAGAAACGCUUCAAAAUCGACACCUAUGGCUUCCACGAGGCUCGGGCUCUUGCGAUCGGCGUCCGAAUGACCUACGAGCGGCGCAUGCGCAACGCAGAAAACGCAAGUCUUGCGGGUCGCGCCGCCGACAUGGCUGGAGUCGCCAGGGCUUCUCCGAAAACCUCAUCCCAACCUUCGGAGGUUCGCGGCAGUCGCGCAGGCGCCUCAAAUGGCCUGGUGCUAGAGCACGAGUAUGCAGGCAGCCUCUGCGAGUCUACGCGACCUAGCGCGAAUGGUUUGAACCGAAAGAGGGCACUUUCGUCUGGCCUCCCCAAACGAGAGGGCGAGAACGAAGACGCACCCGGCGAUGAGGGCUCAGUUGACGCCAGUCUCGGAGUGGGAACUGAGCGAACCGAAGGUGGCGCCCACACUGAGAUCGACGAAGACCUGGGCGGGAAGGGUGAGUACAAUGGCUGCCGCGAAUAUGCCGAAGCCUCCUCAGGGGCCUGGUCUCGUCAGAUCCGCGACUUUGUGAGUGAAGACGAGAGAUUGUCUGCAGAAGCGAGUGCCCACGGAAGUGUUCACGCUCGCGACGGGAGGGACGGGGGAAGCGAGGAAGCCUGGAAAAAAGCCGAGCGCGAAGAGUGUGGCGAGGCUGGAGCGCCGGAGAGUGCCAGAGACUCCCAGGGCGCCUUUCCAGAAGAGCGGAAGCGCGAACGAAAAGGCGAGGAAGAUGUCGAAGGUCUUCGGCCACCGUGCCGUCGCAGGAUGGAUGAGCACGUGAAGAAGACCGCAAGUUUUGCGGCCGAAGAAGGGACAGUUGCUGCCCGCACACGCAGUGACGCUACUCCAACUGCAUGCGGAACCAGCGAGGACCGUCGUCGGUUGUUUAGCAAGCGUGAGACUUCGCAGCCGCUCUGCGCGGACUGGGGCUCUCCCGAGGAAGGCAGGUCUCAGAGUUCGACUGGCACUGCGGCUCCCGGGUGCGUUGCCCGUGAUGUGGCGAAGGUUGAAGAACCGACCGACCGCAUAGAGGGGACUUUGAAAUCCGGCUCGGACUGCGGGGACGAGUUGACUUUUCCCGCAAGUUCCGAGUCUCACAGGGACACCCGCGGUGAAGGCGGCGUGGCUGGUGGGCCGCUGACCUCGAGGCUGGCCCGCGGCGGGGCGUCGACCUUUGCCGUAGGCUCCGAAUUUCGAGAAGAGCUUCUCUUCGCGACUCCCACCCUCGGGAAAGGAGGCCUAGCGGGCUUGGACGCUCAUGCGUGCAUCUCCGACGAGGCCCUCCAGCAGCGGCAGCUUCAGCAGCAGCAGCAACUCGAGGAACACCUCGAGCAGCUGGCACACCUCGAAGAGCAGGCUCGUCUUCUCGGCGGCGAGGACGCGGCACUGUUCAGCGAUCUGAGCAGAGUAUCGGAGCCGUUUCCCUCAACCGGCAGCAAGAGUUCAAGAGACGAAGAGGCUGCUGGGCGGAAGGCGGACGCGCGUCUCUAUGCAGCGGUUUCCGGGACAGAGGCUGGAGCGCUUCCAGGGGACAAGAGAAAAGCUGAGGUGGCUGACGGCGGGUACCGAGAUGGUGGCGAGGGGGCACACGCAGAGUUCGGCUCCGGAGGUGGGGCUUCGAGUGCAGGAUUGACAACCAGCAAUUUUGGUCAAGACUUGCCACUCGGAGUGUUUUACACGAGCAAGAAGCACGCGUACUGCGCGAACUGGUACGAAGGCAAGAGACAGAUGAAGCGAUAUUUCCCGAUCUCGAAGCUGGGCGAGGAGCAGGCGCGACAAAAAGCUAUCGCAGCCCGUCGAGAAGCCGAGCAACGGGAACGGGAAACGAAGCGGAAACUCGCGGCCGCUGCAGCCGCAGAAGCCGCAGCGGCCGCAGCCGCAUCUUGCGGAAGUGGACGCAGCAAUGGGAGCCGCGCUCGACAGGGCACCCGGGCGCCUUCUGCGCAUGGGAUGGCAGGGGUGGCUUCGCAUCCUGGCAACCGCAUCCCGCAUGCAGCCCUUGAGGAAGCGGCCGAGUCUGGGGAGCCCCUUGGGACCUGGCAGGGCGGCGGCGCUCGGGGAGCUCCGCUUCGCGCCCAGCGCAUGCAUGAAGAGAAGCUUCGCUACCUCCAGCAAGAGGAAGUCAGUCAGCUCUUGGACGGGAAAAGCAACCCGGAGUUGUGGGACAGCCGCUUCCUCAGCAACAUGCGCCGGCUCGGGCUGGAGGCGGAUGUCGCCCGCUCGCAGUACGACUCGCGGUGGCGAAAGGACGCUGACGAGAUGUUUUUGACAAGCGGACGAAGCGAAAGGCACACUGCCGACAGAGAAACCUACGGGCGCCUCUCCAACCGGCCCUACAGCUCCUUUGCCGAAGAAGCCUUGUUCCGCUUCGGGCAGAACGCGAGUGAUACACGGAGCAUCGCGGCGAACCGCGAGCCUGGGCCGCAACUUGGUGACGGAGACUUCGGGGAGUUUCCGCUCCCUGGCCUCGAGUCUUUGAGCAGCGAGAAUACGUACGGUGCUCGCGUUCACCUGAAUGGAGAUAGGGAAUGCGGCACCUCCGAGCACAUGAAAUCGGCGGCGGAUAUUGCGGGACAACGCUUCCGAGAGGAACGGAUCGACCACGCGCUCAGUUCCCUUCUUGCCGGUGGCGACGGACUCCGAGGCACAGGCCGGAGUUGAGGGCGCGAAGGUGACGUAAAAAACACCGAGCUGAGCUUGGCCAGACGACAAAUUCGUCAAGGGCAAGGAAUUGCCUGAAGAAGGUGACGAUUCUUUGAGCGACCUGGUGGAAAUUGGAUUCAGUGUUCGACUGCGUUUCAGACCCUCGUCGGUUUGCGGCGAGAGCGUCCGUGUUAUUCUGGCAAGUUCUGUGGCAUCAGGGGCGAGUGACGUAGAGACCGACAAGGAGUCGCCUAGUUGCGAAAAUGAUGGUAGUGGUCAGAUGCCUGCCGUUGGUUGAAGACGCUAUAGUGCCAGAAAGAGCUUGAGUCAACGCUCUUUAGAUAGCUUGAUUUGCUGUAUCCACGGCUCCAGAACGUGGGUUUUCGUGGUGCCCGUGCGCUAGGCGGCAGGUCCGCUGAUGCGCCAAUGAGGCCGAAAGGUGGGCGGAUUGAUAAGCGAGGUCAAAUGUUUUUGGGAAACGUUCUGAUGGCGUAUUUACAGACUGAGCGCGCAGUGUCGAGCCGCUUCUUUUUCGUGCCACUAGGGAGUACAGAUAUGUGUGGCUAUAUACUCGACAGGACAUACCAGUUGUUGGUGCGCGGGAUUGAGCGUAAGCCUGCGGCAAGAGCUUCAUGCGCGAAUGCUCUCAAACCAUGGCAAGCGUGUCACUGUCGCCGGCAAGGAAAAACGACGAAACCAUUUAAAAUAUUGGAACCUCAUAGCCUUUUGUGGGAACAUUCUGCCGGUUUGGCGUGGUCCUCCGUUACAUAUGUAUGGAACAGUCGCGGGGUGCACAUGCGACUAGCAGUGCAGUAGAGCCCGCGAGGCCGGCAUUUUCGGAUCAUACUUUUGCCUGCAUUGUAUAGGUUGUCACGCCAUACGGCUAGUGCAUUUUAGCUUUUUGACAAACAAUAUAUGCUGCAGCUGUGGUUUUUCAAGAACACACCUUCCGUUUCUUUCCCAGUCACACGAGUCGUAGUCGUCGAUCCGUCUUCACCCCGUGACCUCUCAUGCUUGUGGUAAAAUAAUGCAUGAGUUGGGCCCUACGUAUCGUGGAUGAAGCGUGCAGCGAAAGACUCUGCAGCAAAUCAAUUUAUCAUCUGGA